AUAAGUGGCGUUAUAUGAAGAACUUUGUUGGACCAUCAUCAUGUCGCUGAUGUUUGGGAAAGUGAAGCAGUGUAACUCUGCUGCAGCUGCUGACAGAAGUCCAGCCCAGUGUAACCUGGUGCUGCUCGGUGUGAAGGGCUCCGGGAAAUCAGCACUGACUGUCAAAUUCCUCACAAAGCGCUUCAUCAGUGAAUAUGACCCUCAUCUAGAGGAUAUCUACUCAUCAGAAGAGAUGGUGGACCAGCAGCCAGUCACAGUGAGAGUGAUGGACACCUGUGAUCAGGAGGGUCCAGUGAACAGCGAGCGGUAUCUGUCGUGGGCCAGCGCCUUCCUCGUCGUCUACAGUAUCAACAACAUGGAGAGCUUUAAAGGCUGCCAGCUGUACCUGCACACACUCGCCCUGCACAGCAAAAGUCCCAUCAUGCUGCUGGGGAACAAACUGGACAUGGACAGAUACAGGCAGGUGAGUCGCUGUGACGGCGAGCUGCUGGCGUCUCGUUUCGGCUGUGUGUUCUUUGAGGUGUCGGCCUGUCUGGACUUCCUGUCUGUGCAGCGUGUCUUCCACGAGGCGGUGAGGAGGGGGUGGCGUCUGGUUCCAGCUGUCUACAUCAGCGCUGUCCCCUCCUUCCCCCCCACCUGCUACAAGGAGCUGCCUGCCCCCGCCACCGCCACUGCCACACUGCUCACCGUGAAGACUUCCAGAGCGCAGAGCAGACGCAAGGCUGCCACACUCACCUUGCUCAAAGGCUUCAAGAUCUUCUGACUGCCCGCAGACACAGGGUGGACACAAUAACAUGAACAGCUGUACAGUGUACCAAGCUCCGGUGUACCCAACUUUUGUUAAAACAUGAAGGGGAGCAUCAAAAACAGUUCAUUUCCUGCAUUUCUAUGCAUCAAUACAUGGUGGAAAUGGAAAACACAAAAUUUCUUUGGCAGGUGACAAUUUAAAAUAUAAAAACAUAAAGAUAUUAAAACAUAAUGGAAUAUAAUGCAGUGAGGCUCUUAGGCAUUCUGUAUUUCUAAAUUCUAUAAUUUAUUCCUGUCGAUUAACUUUUUUCACCAGUGUUAUCUCUGCUGAGUCACUCAGCACACAUGCAGGCAGGAUUUACUCUUCCCUGCUCUUUGUGUCUUUUGUUGGGAACAGAACCUUUAUAAAUGUGCACGUGGCACUUAUUCAUCUCAAUACAUUCAGUGAUUUUAAUGUCAUUCAUGAACACCUCAGAUGUGUUUCAGACAUAUUUCUGCUCAUGUUGGAGAGUUGUAAUAUUUUGAGAAAAAGUCAUAAUAUUGGGAAAAUAAUGUUGUAAUUUUAUGAAAAUAAAGUCACAAUAUUUCAAGCAGAAAUCCCCCUGCCCUGUAGACUGCUGUGCAUUGUUAUUGGAACAAAAGACGAUUCAUCCUGGCCUCCCUCCAUUGGCUUCCUGUGCAUUUUAGAAUUCAUUUUAAUUGUCUAAUUUUAAUUUGCUUUAAAUCUUUACAUGGCAGGGCUCCACACUAUAUGUCACAGUUAUAUAUGUCCCCUCCAGGUCUCUCUGAGUGAAGAGCUGCCCCUUCAUGUGUCGAUGCCCCCCACCC